AUGUCUGUUGGUGAUACGAUCCAAAGACAAAUGCCAGCUACCGUUGACACCCCUGCCCGCAUGGGUGAACCAAAUGCAGAGACCAUUCAGCCAACUGGCGUCAAGGCCGUCAACGGUGUUAAUGGCCAUUCAAAUGGCCAUUCGAAUUCUAUCGACUUAGCAGAAUAUCUCUUCCGUCGUCUUUAUGAGCGAGGAAUCCGAUCUGUCCAUGGCCUGCCGGGUGAUUACAAUUUGGUUGGUUAUGCCGCUGAUGGAUAUGCUCGAGUGAAGGGUGUUUCGGCCAUGAUCACCACGUUUGGUGUUGGCGAAUUGUCAGCCAUCAACGCUAUUGCUGGUGCAUAUUCUGAGUACGUUCCGGUGAUCCACAUCGUUGGCUCGCCUUCAACCGUGUCCCAGAAGGAUGGAAUUCUCCUUCACCACACACUUGGAGAUGGCAACUUCGAGGUGUUUGCAGAAAUGAGUAGACGUGUUUCGUGCGCUGUUGCCAUUCUAGAUGAUCCGUCAAGUGCAGCUGCCAUGGUUGACAACGCUCUGCGAACCUGCAUCCUAAAAAGCCGCCCAGUUUACAUUAGUCUCCCUACCAAUAUGGUUCAGGCAAAAGUGGAUGGAAAUCGGUUGAAAUAUCCGAUAGACCUAAGUGUCCCACCCAAUGAUCAUAAACGGGAAUCACACGUUGUCGACUUGAUUAUAAAGCUGAUCCAAACUGCCCAACGGCCAGCACUGCUUGUUGAUCUUUUAGCGUUAAGGCAUCAUGUUACCGACGACAUUAACGAGUUCAUCACCAAAUCCAACAUUCCUACUUUCGUCACACCCAUGGGGAAAGGGGCAGUCGACGAGACGCUGCCGCAGUUCCAAGGCAUCUAUGUAGGAGAAGCAUCUACCUCGAUCAUCCGCGAACAUUUCCACGCAUCAGAUCUUGUCCUGAGCAUCGGCCCGCUUAAAUCCGACAUCAAUACUGGCUGCUUCACGUCAAAAGUUGACCAAAUUACAAGUAUCGAGUUCCACGCUGAAAAGACAAUUGUUGGAUUUUCCGAGUUCCCGGGCGUCAGGAUGAAAGGGGUUCUGCGCCGGUUGGUCAACGCCCUCGACACGCUAGAUAUCCCUGCACAAAUACCGUUAAACCCUGCCAAACGAAAGCGAGUGGAGGAGGAUAUUGCUGAUCACCAGGAGUUGACCCAUGACUGGCUCUGGCCGAAAGUCGCGGAGUUCCUGAAGACCAAUGACAUCGUUAUCACUGAGGCGGGAACCUCUAAUUUUGGCGUGUGGGAAACGAGAUUCAAAAAAGGCACCAUUGGGAUAAGCUCUGUUCUGUGGAGCAGUAUCGGUUUCUCGCUGGGUGCCUGCCAGGGCGCUGCGUUGGCAGCUAAGGAAAUGACGGACGCCUCUCGAAGAACGGUGCUGUUCGUUGGCGAUGGCAGUUUCCAACUCACAGCCCAGGAACUGAGUACGAUCAUUCGUCAUAAACUCACCCCUACAAUUUUCAUAAUCUGCAACAACGGCUACGUAAUCGAGCGAUACGUCCACGGCAUGCACGCGGCCUACAAUGACAUCCAGCCCUGGAAAUUCAACGACAUCGCUGCAGUCUUCGGCGCCACGCCGGAUACAUGCAAGACCUUCCAAAUCCGCACCUGCAAGGAGUUGCAGGAUCUAUUCAACGAUCGCGAAUUCUGCUCGGGCAAAACUCUUCAACUCGUCGAGCUCUAUCUUCCUGGUGAAGAUGCGCCGAUGUCGAUGAAGAUGCUUGCCGCGGCGGCUGCGAGGCGGAAUGCGAAGAAGUGA